AUGGCUCCUGCGCGACAACAGCCGCCUCCGCCGUUUGGCAAGGACGAAAAAGUCCUCUGCUUCCACAUGGACAUGCUGUAUGAGGCCAAGAUCAUGGACGUCCAGCCUGCGGAGAAGCCCAAUGAAGGAUAUCGGUACAAGGUUCACUACAAAGGCUGGAAGAACACGUGGGACGACUGGGUUCUGGUGGACCGGAUCCGGCCCUUUGACGACGAGCACAAGGAGCUGGCAGCCCAGCUUCACGCGCAGCUCAAGAACAGCAUGCAGAAGACGUCCAAGGUGCCCAAGAAGAUCGUCAAGAGCGGCGGCGAGUCGGCGCGUGGCAGCGAGGAGCGAGGGUCUGCCGUCACUCAGGGAGGCAGAGGGGGUAGGAGAGGCAAGGACUGGGAACUGGAGCAGGAGGACGCUUUCCACAGCAAACCAAUGAUCAACAUUUCAGUGCCCGAUCAUAUCCAGGCCAUGCUUGUGGACGAUUGGGAGAAUAUCACCAAAAACAACCAGCUUGUACCAUUGCCUCAUCCAAACCCAGUUACCAAGAUUUUUGAGGACUAUCUUGCUGUUGAGCGGCCACGCAGAGAAGAGGGCUCAUCUAGUAUGGACAUCUUGGAGGAAGUUAUCGCCGGAUUUCGGGAAUAUUUCGAAAAGGCUCUCAGCAGAAUACUUCUCUACAGAUUUGAGCGUCAUCAGUACAUGGAUGUGCGGAAACUGUGGGAUAAUGCCGACGAGAAUUCGCAGUACAAGAAUGUCUGCGAUGUUUACGGCGCCGAGCAUCUUGCGCGUCUAAUUGUUUCAUUGCCUGAGCUCCUUGCGCAGACGAAUAUGGAUCAACAGUCCGUAUCACGCCUUAGAGAGGAAAUCGGCAAGUUCACCACUUGGCUGGGCCGCAAUUGUCAAUCAUAUUUUGUCAAUGAGUACGAGACUCCAUCUCAAGAGUACAUUGACAAGGCUCGAAGCUUCUAG